GUUGAAUUUUGUCUGUCAUUCCUGUGUUUUGUGAGUGAUCAAAUAGAGCUUUUUGAGUUUGUAAUUUGUGCAGUUGGGUGUGUUUUGGAUGGAUAAUUCUGGUUUGGGGGGCGGGUUCUUGCCGGGUCCAAUAAUAGACCUUGAGUCAUCCAUUCCUAGACUAAGCCAUCAAAGUCACAUUAAUAUUUUGGGUGAUAUUGGAGAUGAUAAUCACCCCAUUAGUGUAAUGGAAGUGAGAAGCUCGAACACUAAAGGAUUUGUGAUGAAUUUUGGUCAAGGGAAGUCGGGUAGCCACGUUACUGUUAUUAGUGAUGGCAAUAUGAGUGAUGAAGACGAACAAAAUUUUGUAGAAGAAGAGAAUUGUGAAAACUCUAAUGAGGGAAAGGGUAAAAGGGGAUCUUACUGGCACCGGAUGAAAUGGACGGAUAAUAUGGUUAGGCUUCUCAUAGCGGUGGUUGCUUGUGUGGGGGACGACGGUAUGCUGGAAAGUGGCGAGGGGCAUAAGAGGAAAUCGGGGAACUUACAGAAGAAGGGUAAAUGGAAAACGGUGUCAAAGCUAAUGAUUGGUAAGGGCUGUCAGGUUUCGCCGCAGCAGUGUGAGGAUAAGUUCAAUGACCUGAAUAAGAGGUUCAAGAGGUUGAAUGAUAUUCUUGGGAGGAGAUUUAGUUGUCAAGUGGUGGAAAAUCCUGCUAUAAUGGACUCAAUUCCGGAUCUCUCAGCUAAGGCAAAGGAUGAUGUGAGGAAGAUUCUGGGCUCAAAACACCUUUUUUACAAGGAAAUGUGUGCUUAUCAUAAUGGGCUUAGGAUACCGAACUGCAAUGACAUUGAUCUACAAGGUUGCCCAGAGAGAUGCUCAAAAGAUAACAAUGGCUCUGAGGAGGAAGAAGCCGACAGGAACCAUGAUAGUGACGAUGAUGAAUCUGACAAUGAAGACAAUCAUAAUGAUGAUGAGGAUGGGGAGAGGAUAGUUGAGCUUGGUGAGAGGAAGAAGAGAAGUGUAGAGGAUGGUCGUUUUUGCACACAAUCAUCUGGUAUGGACAGCUUUGAGGCUGAAAUGGCUGAAAUUUUCCAUGAUCCCUCAAAGUCAUCUUUGGAAAGAAAGGAGUGGAUUAAGAAACAGAAGUUGCAACUCCAGGAUCAAAGAUUCGGCUUCCAGGUUCAAGCCUUUGAGCUUGAGAAACAACGUUUAAAGUGGCUGAGAUAUUGCAGCAAGAAAGACAGGGAACUAGAGAGGUUGAGGCUGGAGAACGAGAGGUUGAGAUUAGAUAAUGAGCGGAUGAUAUUGCAUGUAAAGCAGAAAGAACUGGAGAUAGAUUUCAGGUCAGAAGCAUCCUUAGACCCAACUGCUCUUGCAAACAGACAGCAAGGUCGAGAACACAUUGAUUUGACUCGGCAUCAAUAGGUCCAUGGAAGAAGGAUUGAUGAUUUACUGCAGGCAUCAUGGAUGGCAAGUACUUGAACUAUACCGCUAUGAAAUUUUAACUGCUUAAUCACACUAACCUUGUCGGACUUUUGUACUACCAUAGAUGAACAAACAGAUAACUUUACAUAGUGGUUUCCAUGUAAAGUUGAAAAGUUAGUCCCAUAGCCUUUGUUGCCUGAAGCUCUCUUGUUGUCCAGAUUAUGCAAUAAAUAUUUUCAUUUUCAUCUAUAUUUCUAAAGGCUUUAGGUAAACUCAUUCUCAGUCCUCAUUCUGAACAAAGCAUUGAUCGACUGCUAUGAGUUUGCAUUUUCAAAUUCCAUAUUGUCGAAAGAAUGAGAACUUCUAAGGCAAAAGAAGGAGAUUAAGGGCUUUGUUGAAUAGAAAUUGUAGUUUCGGAAUGCUUUUCGUUAUUAGCUUAUUUGUGAUUCAAUUCGGAACCUAGUAUUUGACAUUCUACCAAUUUUAUGGAAAGGAGCAUCAUGUGACAUUGAUGAAAUUUGUAGGG